ACAGAGGUAGCUCUGAAGAGGUAUCAAGUUUAUUCACAUUCAAAUCACGUGGUGUUUUCACUAUUGUUUAUUAUUUACUUGUGGUGCCUUGAGUCCAAAAGUGUUACGCAUUAGAGAGCAUGAUAUUGAUGAUAUGGAGCGAGGGAUGAGAGAGGGGAAGAAAAAAAAAAAGCUAUCCCAAUAAUUAAUGUAAGUUUUAUCCCAAAAUGGUCUACUAGAGCAAGAAAAGAAAUUAGAGAAUAAAAUAUAUGGAAAAACAUCUAGAAAGCUACUUGAUCUAUACCACAAAUCCUACCCUGAAUGUUUACUGGGGAAAAAAAUAUACAUAAAUAUCAGCACAAAAACAGCUGUGAGCCUGAAUCCGAGCUGAACGUUCGGCUCGUUGUUGAUCUCCAGCCCCACCGUCUCCAUAGGAACAGGCUGUAAACUCAAGCAGGGCAAAACAAGCACCCAGGAACAAUGAAGACUAAUAACGCUUCAAAAAUAUAUAUAUACACAGACGAAUGCUGACAUGACAAUUUCUGCGCUCCAUAGUCUAUAUUGGUUAUGCUUCUGCAUGGACAGCUGGUGAGAACCUGGACUGAUGGCAUGCAGGUGAAUCCGAUUCCUAGGACUACAGCAUGGAGACGGAGGAAAGAAGUGUCGUAGAUCUGCUGUUGAAGGGGGACUUGGAAGCAGUGACUCAAGGACUGGAAGAUGGACUUUACUCCUGGGAAGAACUGGACCAGCCGUACAAUACCCAGGGCUCCACUCCUCUCAUCAGUGCCUGUCAAAUGGGCCUUGACCUGGCCAUGCGUUUCCUUUUGGAACGGGGCGCAGAUGCAACCCUGUGUGACCACAGCAACCAAACAGCGCUGCAUGUCAGCCAUCCAGACCUACAGAAGGAGCUGUUGGCUGCCAUGUUGAGACCUUUAACCCAUCGUGCUCAGCUCUUAGAGGUCGCCUGGAGAGGGGAUAUCUGCACCCUACAGCGCCUGCUGUCCGAGACCAACUCUGUAGAUUUAAACAUCCAGAACCAGAAUGGGUUGACCCCACUGAUGCUGGCAGUACGGGAUGUGGAUCUGUUUGAAGGGUUUCAAGGCACCAUGGGAUGGAACUACGAUCCUAUAGAAGUAGUGAAGACACUGCUGGAUCAGUCUGCAAACGUGGACAUCCGAGACCAAAAGAGCUACACUGUUCUCACCUAUGUGUCUCAGAUCAAGAGCGCAAUCAAACACGAGUUGUUCCGGAUCAUUCUCAAACAUCAAACUCGGUCAGAGGAGCCCACAAAGGAGAUGCUGGAGUCUCAUUUUCCGGUAAAACACGAUCAUAAUUCCCAGAGCAUUUCCUCUCCAGUCAUGUUCUCGACGCUGGCUAAUGUGAGGGAUGGAAAGGAUCCGUAUCUUGCGGUCCAAGAAGACCACAACUCUUUCCAGCAAGAUAAGAUCAUCCCCUUGUGCUUUCAAAGUACUAUGGAGCCCAAGACCCACAGCAAGGCAACUAGGUGGACAUCAUUACCAAGUCUGAGGGAAAGGAAUAAAAGUUGGAACAAAGGUGGGAUCUUGUUUCCAACCUCUGAUAAUAGAAUGAAAACCUCCUUAAUACCCAUCCCUCCCAUGACCAAGGUCACAGAAAAGACUCAAGAUAUUCUUGGGAUCCACCCAGUUCCAUAUUUGUCUCCACUUAACCAGGCUGCUCCAAGCCUGGGCCUCCUUGAUGCAAACUUUCUACCACAAGUACGGACCAAUAUACAGAACAGGCUCAGUAUCAGUGAGGCUGAUGGACAAAGGGAUCCACUUCCUGUUCCUUGCCUACGCACUCCAAAACAUUUGGCUCCACUCGACCAAGAGUACCAAGAAGGGCGCAUGCUUUCAAACUUCCAGUGUCCAUCGACUCCUAAGCUAUCCAGCCUCUUAUCUUUUGGCUCCAAGGAAAAGAGAGAGAGUUUCUUCCGUCUGAGCUCCAGAGGCUCAAAAGGCAAAGGAAGGGGAAGUGAGGAGAGCAGCUACAGCAGUCAAAGCUCUCUUGAUGAAGAGGGUCCUCAGGAAACAGGGCAAAUGUUUGGGAACUUUGAAAGAGAACCAUAUACAGCCUUACUGCCCGCUUUAUCUGUACAACUAAUCAAUUCUGGGAUUACAGAACAUGUGACAUCAAAUAGUCCCAAACCUCCAUUCAUGAGGCAUCAAAAACUUGAGGCCCAGAUGAUGCACAACUCUAAAACAUUGAGGAAUCUGGAUAGCUGUGAGACCAAUGGUGUGGAAAUAAUCGGGUCUCUUGCAAAUGAACUUGAAACAAAUGAGACUGUUCCAGAGGGCAAACCUGCACCUGAAGAUGGAUCUUUUGUUCCAACCGAGCCCCGUAUCUCUCCUGUGAAUAUCACAUUGCAUCCCAAUAAAGCAGAAACCAGCAAAGCCAGAAAGACAACCAGAGCUGGUAAAAUACAAUGCAAACCUCCUCACACUGCCCAAACAUUUAACAUCUUGGACCGAACAAAUGCGAGACGACAUUUUGCAAAAAAAUCCAGAAGGAAACAACUGUCCCAAGUUAGAAUCGAAGACAGUUGCCUCAUCGAAAAUAUUACUGGCGAGAACAAUGAAGCGGAUCUAACAAACAUGGCACCUCUAAAACCUAGACCCAAACUUAAGGAUGCACCAUUGAAACACAAAAGGACUCCAGAGUCUAUGCAGGAAGGAAGGCUGUGUGGAGCAAAAAAGAUCUCAAACAAACCCCAAAGUCAAGGGCAACUUGUCAAUCGGGACACAAGGAAAACAAGCAAGCAAGCAAAAAGGCCUGGAAUUUCAGGGCCACAAAGAACCAAAUCAUCUCUGGACCAUGUGAGUUAUAGAGACAUGUUUCUGGAAAUUCAUCACUCAGAUGAAGGACCAGCUAUUUUUGAAAUGUUUGCCACCCCAUUAUACGAAAACCUCAAAGCAGGUAGUUCUGUCGACAGGCCCAAGCUGGUGUACUCUGCUCCUCAAGUUAAGAGGCAACUGAGUGGACAACAUAGAGCUCCAAAACCUGCAGAGAAUAACAGGCGGAGGCAUGACAGAAAGAAGGGCACAAUUUCCAAAGGGAAACACCGCAAGAGGAAAGAAGUCCCACCAACUGAUCCACAAAGCCAUGAUUCAAGGCAAAAUAGUGCCAGGGAAAUUCUCGGCUCUGAGGGAAACAACCCGAAAAGAAAGCAUCAACUUCUUACCACUAAAGAUGAUCAGAGGCACGAGUUGGACUUACUAGCACAGACUGAACAUAGUCCUAUCCUGUCAAUGAUCAGAGAAGUUACUUUAGAAACUUUAAAAAAUAUUUCCUUCCAUAAUCAGCCAGGAGGUUUAUCCAGCUCAUUUCAGUCACACAGAGGACCCAAUCAUAGCAUGCAGCUCUUACAACUAAAAACAGACAAGCAUAUUAAUGAAAGACAUGAAUUAUUCUCAAGUGAAACUGAGGACUCUGAUGCAGUUCAGCUCUCGUCACAACCCUUGAUCAACACAUGGACAGGCAACAGGACAAAGUCCCCCGUAUACAGGUUUUUCGAUGAAGUGGGCGAGGGACCCGUUACAGACGACUUGUUGAGACGUUUGGCAGAAGAAUUGAUUUCGUUGGAAGAAAAAGAGGGGGAACCGAAAAAUCCAGAAUGGACAAACGACCCUCCAGAAAAAUUCAAGGUUACUCCGUUGAACAAUCUGCUUCGUACUGAGAAGUCCAGUGUUGAUGAUACAAUCACAUGGACAAAAGGAGAAAUUCUGGGCAGAGGGGCGUACGGAACUGUGUACUGCGGACUCUCAAGUGAGGGCCAGCUGAUUGCAGUCAAACAGGUGACGCUUGAUGUCUCCAAUUCGGAGACGGCAGAGAAGGAGUACGAUCGGCUGGAGCGAGAGGUAGACCUUCUGAAGAACCUUAAUCACCAAAACAUUGUGGGCUUCUUGGGCACCACUCUUUCCGGCAACGUUAUUAGCAUUUUGAUGGAAUAUGUCCCUGGAGGCUCCAUCUCCAAUGUUCUGAAUCGCUUUGGACCGUUACCCGAGAAGGUGUUUGCCCUUUAUACGCGGCAGAUUUUAGAAGGCGUGGUUUACCUUCAUGACAACAGAGUCAUCCAUAGGGACUUGAAAGGGAACAAUAUCAUGCUGAUGCCCAGCGGAAUAAUCAAGUUGAUCGAUUUCGGCUGCGCUCGUCGCCUUAACUGUUUGACGCACAGCGAAGCCGGCGAUUUCUUAACGUCUGUGCAUGGGACACCGUACUGGAUGGCUCCGGAGGUGAUUAAUGAGUCUGGCCAUGGUAAGAAGUCAGACAUAUGGAGCAUUGGGUGCACGGUGUUUGAGAUGGCCACGGGAAAGCCACCAUUGGCACAUAUGGGCAAGAUGGCAGCCCUUUUCUAUAUUGGAGCCAAAAAGGGUUUAAUGCCUUCGUUACCUGAUGUUUUCUCAGAAGACGCUAAAGGGUUUGUCCAGGAAUGUUUGAUCAAUGACCAGAAACAGAGACCAUCAGCAGCAGAUUUAUUACAGCAUCCGUUUGUGUUUUACCUCCGACAGUCUACGACUAACAAGUCUUCAAUCCUUCACCAGUAAUCUUGCCUGAAAGACUCCUUCUGAAGCGGGGGAGGUGGUAGCUCAAUGGUUAAGAUGUUGCUCAGAAUGUCGUGAGUUCAAAUCCCAGCACCACCAAGCUGUAACUCUGCUCAGCCCUUGAGCAGGGCCCCCGAGUAAGGCCCUUAAACCACUGUUCAGUUGUAUAAGUGGUUCUGGAUAAAGGCGUCUUCCAAACGCCAUAAAUGUAAAGGUCGAUGUUUAAAUGAACACGUGCCAAUGUGUUUCCUGACAAUUUUCACGUUGUACAUAGAUGUGUGUUGAUGUAUGUAGGCCAGUUUCUGAUCCUCCUAAUGCUGAUUUUUUUUUGUUUCUAUAAUAAACAAUUGUACAAUGAAUAUUAGACUUAAUAUACUUUAUAUUAGACAGAAGAUUCGCCCAUAAUUUAUUCCUCUCUAAACGUUCUGCUUGGUGUUGAACUGACGCUGAACUGUAUGUUCGUGCCGAGUAGAUACACCAAGCGCCAAUCUAAACGAGUUUAAAAUGGAGUUCGAUGCCUCAAUCCCUGAUUGGUAGAUCGCUGCGUGUUUGACCGGUUACGUUUUUAUCCUCGUAAAUAAAAACGAACGACUGAUUUAGCAAAAUGUAAAAAGUUGAGUAAAUAGUAAAUGUCUGAAAUGUAGCGCAACGAAAAUACUUCAGUACAGAUACUCGAAAAAGCUACUGAAGUACAGUAGAGAAUUGCAUUUACUUCAUGACUGUGCACCACUGGUU